AUGGCUAUCAAGGAGAGAGCUCCAUGCUUAACUGAGAUAAAGAGUGAAUCUCGAUCUGUUAUUAGGAAAUGCUAUUCCAAGCUCAUCAUCCCCAAUUUCCGUGAGUACAACGUCAAGACUGCUGACCUCAAAGCCAUUGUCUACGGGAACUGGUUCAAAAUCGGGGGUGGGCCAACGACCCCCACCACUUUCCGCAAAGUCAUGCGCAAAAAUUCCCUUUCGGUACUAUUCGAUCCAACCACCAAACCGGAAUUUCCAAAAUUAACCUAUCUUCUCAACCAUGAGAAAGCGACCAUUUAUGGGGGAAUACCCCAGCUCGAUAACACCACGGGGAAAUCCAUUGCAGCUGGAGGGAUCAAGCGACUCGAAAUCGUCCCCAGAAGCAACGAAAAUCCUGCGCCAGGUGCUUUUGGCCUGACCGUCCAAUGUGCCUAUACUGGCGACUAUCUCAGUGCCACCAACUGCUCUAAUCCGCUUAUCAAUAUUCAGAGCAACCGCACCGAUAAAAAAGUGGCCAUUGUAUCUCUCAUAAUGGGCGAAGAGGAUUUACCGUUCGUCGCUAUCCAAAAGCUUGGGACCCGAACGGAACAUGACGUGACUGCGGAUACGGGAGAGACUAAAGAGUCGUUCGGACUCAUGGCUGAUGCAUUGGGCGAUAUGGGAGCUGAGGGGGUGCCGAACGAUGUUGAUCAAGAAUCAACGGACGAGGUUUUCGAGGGAGCUGUUAGAGAAACCACCGAAAAUGCUGUCGACGAGACUCUGGAGGAGGAAGGCUAUCCUGCUCUGGGCGACGCUGGUCGUGCUGGGAAUAGUGAUAAAUGGGGCAAGCGGAGCUACUAUCAAGGUGGGAGAAGAGGGGGAGGGAAAGGGUGGGAAGAGGGGUGGGGAUGGAGGUAA